AACUUACAACUUACAACUUACAACAUAUAACAUACAACAUCAACAUCAACAUACCAACAUACCAACAACCAACAUUAAUCAGCUGGCAUAACAAAACAUCACAUCGCAUCACAUCGCCUCUCGUCGUGCGACAUUAACCCCUGAGUCUGCGUCGGGGAUCCAGAUCGGUUGUCAAAUCCCGCUGCAAGCCAUAGGAACGGGAAGGAGAGACGUAAGAGGCUACAGACAGUUGAAGCAUCCGAAUCCGACGAUAUGGGCGUAUUCCCAACGCUGGUUCGGCCGCCGCCGCUCGACACGUCCAAGGCGCCUAUCGAGAACGCGCUCGAGCUAACCGAGCUGGGCGUCAUCGGGCCUGACCUCUUCACCAAUACGCGCGAGCUCUGGCAUCCACCUGGCGCACGGGGGAUCUACGGAGGCGCCGUCAUUGCGCAGACGCUUGCUGCUGCCCAACGCACCGUCCCGCCGAACUUCGUAGUACACUCGUACCACUGCUUCUUCGUGCUAGCAGGCGACUCUAGUGUACCCAUUUUGUACCAUGUUGAGCGUGUGCGUGAGGGCCGGUCCUUCUGCACCCGUACCGUGCAGGCCCGCCAGCGCGGCCAUGCCAUCUUCACCGUCACGUGCUCGUUCGUGCGCGAGGGCAGCGGUGGCGAAGAGUCGGUCUCGCACGCUGUGUCCGUGCCGGCCGAGGCGCUCGCCCAGACCCCUCCCGACGACUACCAGGACCCGCCGUUCCUGCGCCGGGCCGGCGACGAUCCGUUCCAGAGCUUCCGAUGCAAAGCCCCCGGGGACGGCGACGGCGACGACGACGAGAGGCCGCCCGCGACGAAGCGCGUGUGGCAGUGGGUUCGCGCGCGCGGCAAGAUCAGCGAGAAGGGCGGUCUUAGGGCGCACCUGAGCGCGCUGGCGUACGUCAGCGACUCGUACUUCAUCGGCACGGUCAGCCGCAUCCACCGACUAUGGCGGUACCCGGUGCGGCCGGACGACAUCGGGAAGCUGGAGCCGGACGUGCGGAAGCAUCUGGAGCAGCUGAACGAGUGGGAGGGGUACGGGACGCUGGAGAGUACGGCAAAGCGGCCCGAGGUGGGCAUGAUGGUGUCGCUAGACCACUCGAUUUACUUCCACAACCCGAGCAAGGUGCGCGCCGACGAGUGGAUGUUCGUCGAGAUGGAGAGUCCCUGGGCGGGAGACGGCAGGGGCGUGGUUAUGCAGAAGAUCUAUAGCCGCGACGGGACGCUGCUCGCCACGGCGUUCCAGGAGGGCGUUGUAAGAUUAAAGAAGAAGAGCAACCAGGACAAGGCCAAGCUAUAGAAGACCGUUGGCUAGCCUUGCUAUGUAAGAGGGACAAGGGUAAUAGAAAGGGACCUAGAGAGGUGUUUGUGCGUGCGUGCUUGCUUGCUUGCUUGUUAGUUAGAAUGGAGUUUUGUACGUUGGAUGGGAUUUAUAGAUUUGUUAUUAAUAGCUGUUUGGGAGGGCUGCAUAUUACAAGGGCAUAUGGAGAGGUCUCACGCGAGUAGAUGCGAAUUUUUAGAUUGUAGUAGAUACCUACCUACCUACGUAUUCCGUACAUAGAAUUAUACCCGUUCAUAUGUCCAAUUUCCCAGCGAGAGCUU